GAAUGGACAUCUAUUGGAGGGACCAAAUGGUGUGUCCGACUGAAGACCAAUACCUGGAUAUGAUUGUGAAGAAAACGGGCGGACCUUUCAUUUUGGCCGUAAAACUGAUGCAAUUGUUUAGUAGUAAUAAAACAGAUUUUCAGCCACUUUUGAAAAUAUUGAGCCAUUAUUUCCAGAUUAGAGACGAUUACGCAAAUCUCAUGUCUGUUGAGUACAAUGAAAAGAAAGGCUUUUGCGAAGACAUUACUGAAGGAAAGUUUUCAUUUCCUAUAAUACAUGCAAUGAAUAACUCCAUAAAUGACACAACAAUUAUAGAUAUACUACGGCUGCGAACCAGAGAUAACGGGCUGAAAAAAAUGGUUAUAAAGAAGUUGCAAAGUUUGGGUUCACUCGAGUAUACAUUGGAGCGCAUAAUAAUGUUGGACAGUAUGGCCAGGAAUGAGAUCAAUGUGUUGGGCCAUAACCCAGUGAUGAUGGCCCUCUUAGAUUAUCUCCGAAACAUU